AUGGCAACUCAUUUUAAUUUUGGACAGUAUUCUAUUAUAAAUAAUGAAAAUGUUGAUGAUGAAAAUACCCAAAUUAAUUCUACUUCAGUUACAUUUCGUUAUCCAUGCACUAAUAAACAAAACUGUUCAGGAUUCGAAAUCAAGCUUAAAGUUGGUCAUUAUUUAUUUGAAGUCUUUGGAGCUCAAGGAUCUCAAGAUAGUGGCUCUCAAAAAGGAGGAUUAGGCGGUUACGGGUCUGCAGAAAUCACCAUUACCAAAACAAUUCCUUUAUAUCUCUUUAUUGGUUCUCAAGGAAAAUGGACUGACGAUGGACAAAGUGAAGCUUCGUUCAAUGGCGGAGGGUGUGGAUUCAAAUUGGGUCCUGGGGGUGGGGGAACUGACUUCAGAAUGUCAGAAAACGAUCUCGGCACACGAUUUCUGAUUGCGGGUGGUGGAGGGGCACAAGGAGGUUAUUUUAAAAGCGAAGUUCCUGAUUAUAUCGAUUCGAAAAAACUUCAUGAAUAUGUAGAGCUGCAAGGUGGUUUUGGAGGUGGGGAAAAAGGAAGAAAAGGUGGUGAAACAGAUAUAGAAGGAGGGACUCAACUAGGAGGGGGGCAUGGAUAUCUAAAUGGAUCAUUUGGGAGUGGGUGUGAAUUUCAUCGCAUAGGAAUUCAUGGAGGAUCCGGUGGUGGGUUAUUUGAUGGAGGCUGCGGAGAAAAGGACGGAGCUUCUGGCGCCGGUGGCUCUGGAUUUUUUUAUUCAGAAAAUAGACCAUCAGAAAUUAGCGAAAUCAAAGAUAUCGAGAUUUCUAAUGGAAACCUUGCUGAAGGUAAAAACUCAGGUGAUGGAUAUGCAAUAAUUACCUUGUUGUCUGCAUCUUCAAAUGAUUAUGUCAAGAGACAUGGCUUUUCUCCAUUUUCUGUUUUGACAUGCAUUUUGAAGCAUUUAUGA